UCCCGACGGCGAGACCGCUGCACAGCCCCUCCAGCUACCCUUUAGCGUUUACUUAUAGAUCUCGUUCGAUUUAAAGUCGUGCGCUGACAAUAAACAUCAUCGGUGGAAGCAGGAACGGAUGUCAACAGCUGUAGCCAGUAAACUCCUGAAUAAUGCGGUGGUAGUUGUUGAAAUCAAAAGUGAAAGUGCUGCAACGAACUCAGCAUUUAUUUGAAAUCGUUCUACUUUUAAUUUACAAAAACUCGGAGCUUUUGCACUAUGAUGGUUGUGCUGAUGAUUAAAGUCAUUUUAACUGGAUACUUCAUGACGUGCGUUUAUGCUGAUGGAGUUGCAGAUGUGGUCCUCGCCUGCACUCUGGUGGAGGAGGGAGCUGGACUUGGUGGAAUGGGAGGUGGUCACUUCACGCGGACUCCAGCCACUCUUAUUUUACGAGAUGUUGCCGUGGGCCCUGAAGAAUCACUUGAAACACUCACGCCGUUUGUUCCUCCCUCAGUACCUGAUCCGGACCUCCUCCUGUUUGAAGCCAAAGUGUCAUCUCCCGAGAUCCCCGGUGCAAAAGUCUUGCUCCACGCAGAUUGCAAUGAGCAGGAGGUGCUGUGCGAAUUAAGUCGUUACUCUCCUCGGGGAUUCCAGGAAAGUUCAGAGCCGGCCUUUUUCAUGGUCUCCCUCAGUGUGGAUGAAGUUAACUUUAGCACUGCGCUGAUUCUGGAGACCUUGAAGGUGGAGAAGGACCAGUCAACCCUCACACAAAGCAAACUGGGUCUUCCUCUCAGCCAGUCGGGAACUCUGCUUACCCACUUGAUAUUUGUGGUGUUUACCCACAUAAAGUCUGUAUCUGCCCCUCUGAGAGGUGAUGUUCUCCUCAACUGUGGCUUCAAGCAGCAGGAGACACCUUUAGCGGAGGACGUGGGUAUUGAAUGGCGUCUGCAGCACAGAGGCAAAGGCAGGAAGGUACUUGAAAUGAAGAGAGUGCUGGAUGAUACAGAAGGCAGCGCAAUAGUGCACGGUGAGAGGGACGGCUCGAGCAUAAAUGCUGUCCAGGUUGUUGGUGAGGGUAACGCCUCUUUGACGCUGACCAAGCUGAAGGUUGGAGAUGAGGGGACCUACAUCUGUACAGUCAGUCUCGGUCCUUUCCACUCCCAGCAGGUCAUUCAACUCCACAUUAUUCAACCUCCAGAUAUUUCCCUGUCAGUGGAGAAGCUGGUUUUAAAGACAAGUUCGCCCCAGAAGUUAAGUUGUCACAGCAAUAAAUACUACCCACUGGAUGCUCAGAUGGACUGGUUUUCCCUCUCUCCUACAGACACAGAGCCAAAACUCUUUGAAGAUCAGGGCUCCCUGUCCAGCCAUCGGCAGCACGGUGACGGGACGUUCUCUCUGUCCUCUCACAUCGGUGUGCCCCCCACCACCGCCCCAGGAACCAAAAUCAUCUGCAAAGUGUCCCACCCCGCUCUAGAUGAACCUCUCUCUGUUAGUGUGGUGGUGGAAAGUCCUCAGCCUGAUUGCUAUUGGUGGAUACUGGGCUUCCUGAUCAUCACUGUGCUUUUCUUCUACCAGGUCAUGGGAUAAGUUUGUCUGGUAAUCGUGACUUCAAGCUGAGUCUACAAAGGUUUAUUUGUGUCAUUUUAAGUUAUUUGCAGGUAUACCACUGGUUUGGUCAGCUCUUCCGGCCUUCUGGAAACUGAGCGAUAAAUCUCAGGCUUGCAAAUGUGUACAGUACAAUCAAUGGCAUAAACUAAGAAUUUAAAUGUGUACAAGGAUUUGUCUGUGGAUUUUGAGUACUCACAAAUGCAUGCUCCAAUCCACACACAAAAACAGAGGGGUCUGAACACACACAGAACUAUUUUACAAAUGCGUAUAUAUCAAAAUCUGAAUAAAUAGUGAUGAGUUUUACACAAAUUCUAAAGUUCAACUUUAUAAAUCUGAUCAUUUUCACUUUCAGAACGUUUCCUGCAUGGAAGUAUUUGUCUAAAAGUAUUUGUGACAUUCUUUUUGCUCGCUCACAGAUCUGUAAAUACGCAUGCACGAAUCGCCUAAUACGCUCAGAUCGCAUCACACAUGUACGUAGCGUUUUGAGACUUUACGCUGCCAACUUCACACUUACACAAUAGUAAGCUGUGUUCAAGUGCAAGUGUAACUGGUAAAUGUGUUUCCUAGUUGGGGGUUAUGAGCUAACAUGCUCUGUGUUUGUAAGUGGAUUGCCAUACACAUUUGUGAGUACUCAGAAUUUACACAUAAAUCAUUGUACAUAUUUAAGUUU